UCAGAGCUGUGCAGGAACUCCAGCUGCACAAACCUUCACAUUUCACUCAGAGUUAAGCUUCAAUCUGUCAGAUGAGGAAAUGUUUACAUGGAGCCUUUCUGCAGAGCAACAGAGAGAUCUGGCUCAGAGACUCUCCUCGUUUCUGUCCCGCUACAGACAUCUGUCUGACUCCUACAUCAUCGAGUUCUUCUCUGAAGAUCACUGGCACACGUUACCAGACAGCUGGCAGCCGGUGCUGCAGGACCUUUCAUACCCGCAGAUCGCAGACCUGCUGCUGGAUGCUGCACAUGGAGACAGAAGAUAUCCUUCCGUGUGGCCUCUGUCCCUCCUGGCUUUCCGUGCCACAGCUCACUCCCUGGCGUUCCCCAGAGAGUGCCGGCCGGAGCGCAGCAGGGCAGCCGGCCCGUUGAACGCCGAAGAGUUUGUGGAAAACCAGAGUCAGAGCUCUCUGCUGGGGCACAUAUUCAGGAAACACGUCAAACCCAAGAAACAGCACGAGAUCCGCAAGCUGGGCCAGCUGGUUAAACAACUUUGUGACCAGACUGACUGCAACAGAGUGGUGGAUGUAGGCUCUGGACAGGGUCACCUGACUCGCUUCCUGUCUUUUGGGCUGGGACUGUCCGUGACCGCCAUCGAGGCUGAUCGCGCCCUGGUUGCCAUGGCGUCCAAGUUUGACGGACAGUUACUGUGGGCCUUGGAGAAGGAAAUGCAGAAAAAGAACUGCUCCUUUCAGCACCCAGCAUCACAGUCCUCUCCACGCCAUGUGGCCGGUUGGGUAAACCCCAAGGCAUCGUGGGUGUCCUUCGUCAAGCAGCUGAGUUUUGCCGAUUGUGUCAACGAAGGUCCCCCAACUCCAUCGGAACCUUGCAAAAAGAGACUCAGGGGCUCUGAGCAGACAUGUUGUUCUGUAACCCAGACUUCACCCUCUCACGGCUCCACAGAUUCAGGUUCUUGCUGUCAGGACUUGGAAAUGACAUCACAGCAACAACAACAGCAGAGCACCAAUGAGUCUGAGGAGGAGUCAUCGUCUGCCAAAAACUGCUGCUCGUGUGUCGCCCGAGUCGACUCAAGCAUCAAUGAAGACAGCCAGAGAAGCUAUCCAGACUUCGUCCUGACCGGCCUCCAUGCCUGCGGUGACCUCAGCACCACCCUCCUACGACACUUCGUCAACUGCCCCCAUGUACGCGGCAUCACUUCUGUGGCGUGUUGCUACAUGAAAAUCACGACCAAAGAAAACCCGACCCCUCCAGGACUGGUGGAACCUCCCGCUCCACUGACACCAGGCCACGACCCUCUCCCCUCUGAGUUUGGCUACCCAAUGAGCUCCUGGGUGCGGGGGUUACCGGGACAUCAGCUGUCCUAUAAGGCGCGGGAGGGGGCAUGUCACGCUAUAGAGGACUACAUUCGGAGGCUUAAGGAGGAGAGCGAGUUGCUCAGGACGCACUGUUACCGGGCGAUGCUGGAGACCUUCAUCAGGGAUACAAGGCCGGAUCUACGCAGAGCAGGAAUCCAGACUAUAAAGAAAUCCCACUUGUUGACCUUUACAGAGUACGCCCGGCUCGGUCUGCCUCGGGUCGGCCUGCCUCCCGCGCUGCCUCUGGACCCGGAGCGAGUGGAGGCCAUGCUGAAGCUGCAGGGCAGGGUGGUGGUGUACUUCAGCUUGUCUCUGCUGCUGGCUCCUGUGGUGGAGACGCUGGUGCUUCUGGACAGGAUGAUCUACCUGCAAGAGAACGGUGUGGACAGUCAGCUAGUUCCUCUCUUUGACCCAAACAUGUCUCCAAGAAACUUUGUGCUGGUGGCUCAUAAGACUCAUGGGUAGAAGGUCAAAACUAUAUCAUUCACUGUCUGGUUUAAAAACUCACUCUUACCUUUUUAAAAUGAAAGAUCA